UUGUUGUUGUUGUAGCUGAAAAAGAUUUUUUAUUGAAAAGGGGCGGGACAACCAGGCCAUUGAGGAAAUAAGAGAAAGAGGAGAUGAGUGAGGGGAAGGAAGGAAGGGGAGACUUUGGGCGGGACAACAAGCGAUUAUAGGAAGAGCGGGGGUCGACUGGUUGGUUUUAGAAGAAUGAAAGAGGUGAAUGAAGAAAGGGAAAGGAUGGGCUGGUGGGGCUCCUUGGCGAGGGCGCGAUUAGGCCAUCACAAUCGCGCUGAUGUUGGGGGUGCUUUAUUGUUUUGUUGUUCUUCUUCUUGUUAUACUUCACCUCAAUCUCUUCCAAUUUAGUAGAGAAUGAGCGUCCUUUCUUCUUCUUGUAAUCAUCCUCGGGCCUUUGAGAACUUUCACUAUUUUUUUCUUGUUUUUUUAUUGUUGUUCCUG